AUGCCGAUUCGCGUCAAGUCGCGUCCUCUUUCGCAAGGAGACCGUGCUCCUUCGCCCCACUGGAUACAAUACGAUGGGCCAGAACUUCCUGAUAUUGGUUACGACGAUACAUUCCGGGAUGUCGUCAAGAAACUCUCGAGAUAUGUCGCUGACGUAAUCUAUCUGCCAAGCACUUUCGAGCAGCUAAGAACGACCUCGGCUGGCGACUCGCUCCGGCAGCUCGUGGACCAUCUCGCCGCGAAAGUGACCAAUCCAGCCAUUGUCAAUGCUCUACUAGCUCUCCGUUGGCAUUACGGAACAGGGACAGAUGAUAAAGGCAUCGGCGAGGCUCGCGCGAAUGCUUGUGAAAUUGUCGCUUGGCGUUUUCUAACGCGUCUAUCUGAGCGUGAAGCUGUUGAGUUCUGCCUUUACGAAAUCCCGGAUCCCAAAUUAAAGAACGCUGGGAAUGGCGAGGCACUUGACAGAGGUGAAACCAAUGAGCGGACUUCGUUGCUUGAUUCAACGACACCAACCCCGCCUGACAACCAGGAUAACAGACCGAGCACAUUUCGCGCGGGCUCUCAGCGGCGUACUCAGCUCAUGGAAUCACUGUCGAGAUUGACGAUGAGCAUGCACUUCGACCCAGAUGAUGAAGACGAAGAUGAGGAUGAAUCGGACCCUACGGCUCCUUUCAUCAAUUUGAACGCGCUUGAAAUCGCUGCCAUCGCAGAUGCCAAACGCUUUCUCAGUCAGCAUGUUGUUCAGAAGAUCAUUACCGGUAUUUGGAGUGGUGAAAUCAUCUUCUGGGACCACCUAUCGGUUGGCUCUGUGAAAAAGCCCAGAUUUUAUAAUUCACACACUGCUGACCCAUUUUGCCGACUGCGGGUCCCAAAGUAUCUCAAGGCAUUUGAGGUCGUGUUUUUUGGCGCUUUUCUCUUUUUGUACUAUUCGGUACUGAUUGAGCAGAACCGGUACGCUAUCACUCCUCUGGAAAUUCUACUCUAUCUCUGGUUCGCUGCCUUUUUCUACGAUGAAGUCAGCGAGUACUUAGAUGCGGGUUCAAUUUUCUAUGCAGCUGAUGUUUGGAAUCUUUUUGACAUGAUCAUGAUUGCUAUUGGGGCUAUAUUUGCCACAUUGAGAUUUGUGGGCAUAUACAACAAGGAUCUCAAUUUGAUUGAUAUGGCCUUCGAUGUUUUGUCACUGGAAGCUCUGUUCAUGGUCCCUAGGAUUUGCUCGAUUUUGAGCUUGAGUCCCUACUGGGGUACUUUGAUUCCUUGUCUCAAAGAAAUGGGCAAGGACUUCUUGAAGUUCAUGGUAUUGGUUGUCAUUAUCUACGUUGGCUUCUUGACGACGUUCUCUUUGAUCGGAAGAGACUCAUUCAGCUUUAAUGACAUGGCCAUGAUUGUAACCAAGAUCUUCUUCGGGUCGAGUUAUGUCGGCUUCGACAUUAUGGACCAAAUUGAUCCUGUCUUCGGUCCUGCAUUGAUGAUUAUUUUCGUCACGCUGAGUUCCAUCCUGUUGAUGGGUUCGUUGACGGGUAUGCUCAGCAACAGCUUCUCCCGAGUUAUCUCACAUGCUCGGGAAGAAUACCUAUAUGUCUACAGCGUAUAUGUGCUUGAAGCUUCGACUAGUAACCGUCUUACACACUUUUACCCACCAUUCAACCUGGUGGCGUUAGUGAUUUUUCGCCCAUUAAGGUUGUUUCUUCCUUCCAAUCACGUCCGGCAAGCUCGAAUCGUGCUUCUCAAGACGACACAUCUACCAAUUGUCGGCGCCAUCCAACUCUAUGAGCUUUUUGCGUCCAAGGUGUCAUCGAAAGAUGGAUUUGACACAUUCCGGGGACCAAGGCUAGGAAGCUUUAAGCGAAACCCUGCGCCACCGUUGGUCUCUAAUGCACUAAGGCCGCGUAUAUUAUCCCAUCGAACAAGCACUGAUGGUAUUUCGCGGCCGUCGCCUUCGCGAUCCCGACAGACUGAGGACGACUCUACAGAAGCACCAAGUGAUAUGGAAGUUCGAAUUUCAGAACUGUCAGCGAAAAUCGACAGACUUACAGCCUUAGUUGCUGCACUGCAGCCUGGUGCGGGAAUUGAAGUCACAAGAACUUGA